AUGGAGCUGCGCAAUAAGGAAAUCUCGAAGGAGAACAUCCCCCUCAAGAGGGUAAUUAGGAAGAGGGAGACUCCCUUGGCUGCGAAAACCAAGGAAAGGACCACGGACGCAAGCCACUCAGACGGGUCGGUGAAGGCACUGGCGGAGGCUGUCCGCAGUGUACAGCAACAGCUGCAGCAACAGCGGCAUCAGACAUUGAGUGGAGCAGCGACUGAGGCUAGUGGACCACACAAGGGCCCCACACUCCGUGCUGAGUCCACUAGACCCGCUGCACAGCAGGUAAGUAUAGGUAAGAUACUAACCCCGCAGGAUGAUUUUGUGCAGGUGCUUGGCCGAAAGAGGAGGCGGAUCCAGAGGAGAGAAGCAAAUGCACUCUCCCUGGCUACGUCAAAGGAUAAAGUCAACGACCCUCAACCCUUGCGGGGACAGGCGCCCCCUAGGAAAAGAAGGAAGGGGAGGAGCCGUGCGCAACGACGGAAGAAGAAGAUGCAAAGGGAAAGAGAAGUGGCUGCAAUUUCCCUAUCCUGUACCGAGGAGACGACGUACAGGGAUGCACUCGUGCGGGCCACGGAAGGGAUCAUCCUCAAAGACCUGGGAAUCGGCACCAUGUCCUGUAGGAGAGGACUCACGAGUGCCUUUAUAUGCCAGGGACGAGGCAAAGGGGCAAAUGCGAAGGCCGAACCGAGUGGCGGAGGCCUUAAGGAAUGCUGUCCCAGGAGCAAAAAUCACCCGCCCCCUGCGCACAAGCACCAUAAGGUUGAUGGGACUGGACGCGUACGCUAA